GAGAGUCCACGCUUCUGAAAGUAGGUUAGCAGGGUAGAGUGAGAGAAGAGGGAGGAGGACGACGUUUCAUACCGCGCCAUAACACACAUCGAAUACGACUUGAAUUUUUUUGUUGAAAGUGAAGACCUUUAGAGACGCAAAUUUACUUCUGUUUUAUUUUCUUAAUAAUGCUCACAGUCGGAGCUGAAAAGUUUAAUUCGGGUAGCUGUCUCAAGUUAGCUAUUUCGACAAUAUUGCUUCGCACCCAGUGAACUUUGGAGAAUCAAGAAACUGCAUCAAAAUGAGAGCUCAAAUCGAGGUUAUACCGUGUAAGAUCUGUGGCGACAAAUCCUCCGGGAUUCACUAUGGCGUUAUUACGUGUGAAGGGUGCAAGGGUUUUUUCCGACGCAGCCAGCAGAACAAUGCCAUGUACUCAUGUUCACGGCAGAGGAACUGCCUGAUCGACCGAACUAACCGGAACCGCUGCCAGCACUGUCGUCUGCAGAAAUGCCUGGCUCUCGGCAUGAGCCGUGAUGCGGUGAAGUUUGGCCGAAUGUCAAAGAAACAGCGGGACAGCCUGUAUGCGGAGGUGCAGCGGCACCAGCAGCUGUCUCAAGAGUGUCUGGCGGGUUUGGGUGGCGGUCUGACAUCACGUGACCGUGAAGAGUCGGGCGAAGACAGCGCACACAGCCGGCCGUACAGCAGCGGAGGUUCCAGCUCCAAUCUCAGUGACCUGGACGACAUCGCCACGCUGCCCGACGGUUUGCUAUUCGACCUGCCGCUCACCCCGGAGGAGGCUGGCGAGUACUGCGCUCUGGAGAUGCUCGGGGGCAGCAGCGGGUUUGGGAGUGCAGGAAGUGGAAGUUCGUCAAAUCAGAGCUCUCCAGAGCCCAGCGCUGUAGAUUUGGCAGAUGCAGUGAGGGUGAAGCAUGAGUACAUCCUGCCUGAAAACAGCCUACUUACACAUUCUCUCCUGAGCUCUUUACCAGACAACUGCUCUCUACACGACAUAGAGCGGAUCACUCAAAACGUGGUGAAGUCUCACCUGGAGACGUGUCAGUACAGCCCAGAAGAGAUGAAGAAAGUCACCUGGAACCUCUACACACCUGAAGAAACACGCAGCUUUCAGCUCAAGUCUGCAGAAUGGAUGUGGCAGCAGUGUGCCCUGCACAUUACAAACGCCAUCCAGUACGUUGUGGAGUUCGCUAAGCGCAUCUCUGGAUUCAUGGACCUUUGCCAGAAUGACCAGAUCAUCCUGCUCAAAGCAGGAUGUCUGGAAGUCCUGCUGAUCCGAAUGUGUCGCGCUUACAACUCUUCCAACAACACUAUGUUUUUUGAUGGCAAGUUUGCCAGCCCUCAGCUCUUCAAAGCUCUCGGGUGUGAUGACCUGGUGAACACUGUCUUUGAAUUGGCUAAAAGUCUGAGUCGUCUUCAGCUGAGCGAGGAAGAAAUGGCUUUAUUCAGCGCCGCGGUCUUGCUGGCUCCAGAUCGGCCGUGGUUGACGGAGUCUCAGCAGGUUCAGAAGCUCCAAGAGAAGGUCUACGUGGCACUUCAGCACAGCCUGCACAUGAAUGGAGCCACUACUGAGAAACUGGACAAGAUGGUGUCCAAACUACCACAGAUGAAGUCGAUCUGUAACCUCCAUAUUGACAAGCUGGAGUUCUUCCGCCUGGUUCACCCGGAAACAGCCUACAGCUUCCCGCCUCUGUACAGGGAAGUGUUCGGCAGCGAGAUCAACUUCCCUGACUCCACCAACAGUUAGAGUGAGGGAGAUAUUGAGGGAGAGAAUGAGAGAGAGUGUGAAGGGGAAAUUAUAGGCUUGUGUUAAAGAGAGUCCAUUACGUGUAAAAACAGCAUUUCAAAGAAAAACAUUUUAAAAACCUCCAGGGAGAAUCCUCAGUCUAUUGCAGCACUGUCAGCCUACAUACAAACACAAUACACCACACACACACUUAACCCGCUGCAAACACGUUCAUGUGCACAAACACAUGCUGCUACAGUACAGGGGCCAACAAAGUAUUUCAGAUUCGACAACACACACAAACACACUCAUAUAUGGAUUAUUUCUGGAGUUGUGCUCUCAAAUCUUUUAUUAUUUUACGGAAGCACUCCUAAAUGAUCUUUAAAUGUACAGAUGUAUGCUUGCAAAGGCCCUUUGUUGAUGUCUAAGCAUGCUACUAUUCCUUCUGCAUCUGUACACGAAGAGCUAUUUAAAUGGGUUUUAUAAAGGAGGUUUUAUAAAUAUGAUUUUAAGAAUUUUACAGGAUCAAACUCUCUUCCACAUGAACAUUCAGGAGAGCACAACACCUUUUUUAAUGAAGUGCAUCCUACGUACUAGGUGACAGUCACACGUCCUUCCCCGACGAAUCACUCUUUAAGCACUAAUAUCGCUUUUUUCCCCCUCCUUCUCCCCUCAAACGAAUCAUGAAUGUAUCCCAAAGCAAAGGCACUUAUUUUGAUUUGAGGCCGAAUGUACACAAUGCACUUUUGGUCUUGCAUUUUGCUUUAUGAGACUUUGACAAUCCACUCAAAAAAAACCCUAAUGUGCCCAGAUUGUUCGUUAAAAAUGAAGGGACCAAUGUUACCAGUGCUACUUUAAAUGAACAUUUCAUGUUAAAUACAAGUUUGUAAUAAUAAUAAUAUUAAUUAAAAUAAAUGUUUAAUUUAAUUUAAUGAAAAUAAUACAUUAAGAAAAAAGGCUUUAGAAAAUAAUUCUUAAAUAAUCUUUCAGUUUGUGAAAACAAACAUGCAUUGACAGAAAUGCACUUAUAGUGGAAGUAUAUGGGGCAACUGUAUGGUUAUAAAACGAUUGCCCCUUAUAGUGCUUAACUUAUCUGUUAGCAUCUGAGUUGAACUUGUAUUUAACCUGGAAGACAUCCUUUAAAGCUAUUUAAACGAACCAGAAAUCAUAAGUGUGCUAAACUCUUUUCUAAUGUGCAAUAGAACAACCUGAUUAUCACUACAAACGUGCAGUCAUGACCAAGCGUUUGUGAAUGCCUUGUUUUGUUACAAUUACGCAAAGAAAACCACGCAAUCCUCACUUUAACAGUUAUUUACAUGAUCGCAUACCUCAUAUUCAGCAGAACUUGACACAUUCAGUAUGGUAUUAGACUUUAGCAAACAACUGCAAAAGCACACAAUAUUAAAUGCAAAACAGAUAUAUAAGGAGUUUGCAAACUUGGGCAUGACUGUAAAGGAUUGGCGAACACAACUUUCUAAGCAGUGAUUCCAUCCACACAUGCUCUUAUUUGCUCAGGCACAUUUUGACAGUGUUUGGUGCUGCACCUUAUUUUUUUGUUGUCAUUUUAAUGCAAUGAGAAACCUCAGUCCCAUGUCCCCUUCCCUUGUAAAUGCCACUUUAGAAUAAGAAACAAUUAAAUGUUCAUUUCAUUUAUAUGGACAUUUCUAAAAGAUUAUUUUGAAUAGGAAUGUAAAUAAAUUAGUCUAUUUAGUCAAGAUAGCGAAGAGAGAGAGAGAGAGAGAGAGAGAGAAAGAAAGGUGGAGCGUGUAAGGAAGAGAGAUGGGAAUGUUAAAGAGCCAGGACUUUCAUCAGCCGGCUUUUGAAUUCUUCCGUCUUGUGCAUGGAAGUACCGGACCAGAGAAACGAACUGGGUUUGGACUGACUUUUGCCCAUUUUGUUCUGGAGCUGCUCCGGACAGAACGCUAACAAGAGAGCCAAGCUGGAUGGUGUGCCGACAUUGACAUCUGCGGAUCUGCGGAUGUUAUGUCUAAGCAAGAGAAAAGGAGAUUCCAUCAAAGCUCAGUCCUGUAGGUUUUGGGUACAGAUACGCCAGUGAGCACGGCUGUGGUUUCUGUUGUAUUAUUUUGUAAAUUGUCGAUCACCUCUCCUUUUGUCCAUUUCUGUGGUCCGGAUCGCGUCCUUCCAUCCUAUUUUUCCUACUAGUACACCAUAGUACAACAAAAACACAGUUUCAACAGAGUUCUCAGCUACUCCUUUGAGUCGAGGUUCACGGUAUUGUUUAUAGUACUACUAUAUAUACUACACGACUGGUUUUAAGUGAUUCGGAUGAACGACUGAUGUUGUAUUCUGUAUGAAAGAGAAAGAUAUGGUUUUGUAUCUCAGUUUUUAAUGAACAAGAGAAAAUCUGUCUUCUUUUUGUGUGCCCAACAUUACAAACCUCUCACGUCAAGGAGUGUAGCCUGCCCUUGGUUUAAGAAUGAGAAUUAUGGGAAAUAUGUCUGUGCAAUGUAUUAUUAAAUGUGUUGUUUUGACAAUCCCCACCUCUAGGCCUUUGAUGCAUGCCUUCCUGUUAAGACAAAACUGUCUCAUUCAGUCUCCCUGUAAAGCAAUUUCCAUGUUUAUUUUGUUUUUGUUUUUUGUAGAAGAAAUGUUUCUGCUUCUGUGUGUUUCACACAAAAAAAGAUUUAUUCUCAGGGAGAUAGCUGGUCUCUGUCUCACCAGUAUCCUCUGCCGACAACACACACACACACACACACACACACACAUACACACACACACUUUGCACCGAAUAGGAGACCCGUAUUCUUGAUCACUGUGUCCUGUAGCUAUAUUUAAAUAUAUAUAUAUUUUUGUGAAUGUCAAUCACAAAGUGUCAAAAACCUUUCCUCUUUCUGCUGAUGUACUAUUACAGGUUCUUUCAGCCUGAAUUAUAUGACAGAAUAUGACUACAUGAAAAAAUAAAUAAAAACUAAAGAUGGAUCUUAUUCUUUAAAAAGAAA